UUUCUUUUGUGCGUUUAGCAGUAGAGAGUAGAGACAGACUAUUGAGUGCAGAAAGUGAGACAGAGAGAGAAUAACGAGUAGGCAGUGAAGGAAAACUGAUGCAGCUGUAGAUCGCAAUUUUCUUCAGUUGCAAGGUCGCUAUAGGGAACUGUAGAUUUGAGGUGUACAAGUUCCACAUUUGGUAGGUAGCUGUUGUUGGUACUGGCCUCUUCCUGCCAUGGGGAAAUCACCAGCAAAAUGGAUUAAGACUGUGCUCUUUGGAAAGAAGUCAUCCAAAAGUAGUACUUCAAAAGGAAGGGAGAAAAUUGGAAAUGAGAAAGAAACAUUGGUUGGUUCCAAGGCUUCGGAAGAUAACAUGCCUCUAAAUCCCUCUGGCGCCUCGCCAUUCGUCCAUGAUGCCAGUGGCAAAGAGGAAAAUUUGAUAAAAACAGAAAGUAUGAAUGCUGGCGAUUCAUCAAAUGGAAGAACAUCAUUGCCAGUAAAUCAAGCGGCAGAUUUGCAAGCUUUCACACCCCGACAUGCACCAUCCGACCCUGAACAACUGAGGCUAGAGCAAGCUGCGACAAUGACACAAGCUGCUUUUAGGGGUUACCUGGCACGGCGUGCAUUUCGGGCUCUGAAAGGCAUAAUAAGGCUACAAGCACUUAUCCGUGGCCAUUUGGUUAGGAGACAAGCAGUUGCUACUUUUUCCUGUAUGCUAGGACUUGUCAAGAUGCAGGCACAUAUUCGUGGGAGAAAGGUCAGGUGUUCAGAUGCUGGAUUAGAAGUGCGCGACAAGUGUAUUCUAGAGAAGCCUCUGGAGGGAGAGAUUAGAAAUUCCGUUGGAAUUUAUAUGCCUAUGCUGACUGGGAAACUGUCAACAAAUGCUUUUAUACGAAAGUUUGUGUUUCAGCUCCUUGCAUCAUUGCCUACUCCGAUACCCUUGCACCUCCAUUAUGAUUCCAGUGAACCAAAUUCCGUCUUAAACUGGUUGGAUCGAUGGUCAAAGUCUCAAUUUUGGAAACCACUUCCGCAGCCGAAGAUACAUCCAAAUGCAAACCUUCAGGUUAAGCAGGGAGAAAGUCAGACUGUAGGAGCUGAAAUAGGAAGGCCAAAGCGCAGUGUUAGGAGGAUCCCUGCUGCAAAUAAUGUUUACAACAGUUCAGUGCAUGCAACCACUGAGAUCGAAAAACCAAAGCGUAACGUCAGAAAAGUUUCAAGCCGUCCAUCAGAACCAGCACAAGAAAAUCCACAAAUUGAGCUUGAAAAGGUGAAGCGUAACUUGAGAAAGGUUCAUAACCCCAUGGCUGAAAAUUCUAUUCAGGCUGAGUUUGGAAGUGAGAAGCCAAAGCUGAUUCCGGUAAAUGAAGCAAGCAAGUUAAGGGAAAAUAUUUGGGAACAGAAUGGAAGUGCUUCAGGGGAGAAGAAGAAAGAGACGAUUCCAGCGUCGAACAAACUUUCAGAUGAUAUGAACGAGGAGACAACCUUGACAUCUACCCGGAUUGAUGUGAGAAAGAAAGAGAUAAUAGGGACAUCAGAACUGCCUGAUGUGAUGAAAAUAGAGACAAACAUCCCAGCAUCCAAACGAGACGAUGACGAAACAAAUCAAGAGCCAUUAGAAACGAAUGAGGCAUUAGAUUUACCCCAUGAUGAUCAAGUUGUGGUUGACUCAAAUACUUACACGAUGCACAAUGGUCAGGAUGAGAGUCUCCUAAUAACAAAUGGGGAAUCAGGUCGUAAAGGUGAUUCAACAAACAAUGGGAAUCAGAAAUCAAGUAGGAAAGCACCCACUCCAGCUAAGCAAGAUCACGCAGAGAAUGUUCUACAGAGCAGUCCUACAUUGCCAAGCUAUAUGGCAGCCACUGAAUCUGCUAAGGCGAAAUUGAGAUUACAAGGCUCCCCCAAAUUUGGCCAAGAUGAGGUGGAGAAAAAUGUCAUCCGGCGUCAUUCUUUGCCAUCUACUAAUAGCAAAAUCAACUCUCAGUCACCCAGGACUCAGAGAAUGGUUCAUUCCAUUGGUAAAGGAGGGAAUAGAAGCGACAGAUCUGUGUUAUCUUCAAGAGAUGGAAAUGCAAAGGUGACCCAGGCAGAGUGGCGAAGGUGAGAAACCCAACGUUUGUACUGGUGGAGUCUGUUUGGAUUACUCGAGUUUGCAUGAGUUACCGAGUUCGUCUGCCAUCCUUGUUUGGUGCAUUGUGGUGUAAAAUUAUGUUGGACUAAAUGGUGUCUGUAGUUGGGAGGUUCAUAUUGACUCUGAGUGUAUAUCUUAGGUUUUGGUGCUAUAAUUGCUUCAAUCAUACAUUAAAACUCUCUGUUUGGUCUUUGCGUGAUUUGUUGCUGGUGGUAGCAUAAAUGGUACAGUACCACCAAUAUCAUGUACAUUUGAUGUUCUGAUGGUGCUUUAUUCAUCUUGUUUUGAUGCUUGAUGGUUGCUUUUUUACAACUGUGAAAACAAUCAUGAGUGUUGAACCAACGGUUGUGUUGUGGGAUUAAUGAUGUACAUUUGAUGUUC